UCCUCUAUCGGAGCGGAAGGAGAUGGCGGAUUUAUGAUGUCAUUUCCGACAAGUGAUUUAUUUUCUCUCCCUUUGUGAACUACUUUAGCUUUUUUACGUUAGAAGAGCUGACUUUGGUGUUUGCAUUCCUGUAGCGGUAAAACGAGGCAAGUACUUCCAUCACUGGCAGGUCACCGGAGGAAGCGUAACAGAGCAGGGUCAUCAUGUCUGCAGAACUGGACUUGUCCACUCCAGAGAUCCCUGAGCCUACCCUGCUAGAAAGCAUACUGCGCUAUGGGUUGUUUCUCGGUGCUAUCUUUCAGCUUAUUUGCAUCCUGGCUGUCAUCUUCCCUUCAUCCAAGGGCCACGAACAGGAGGAAGCCGAGUCCACUGACGUAAAGGCUGCUGAACAGAUAAAGAAACCUAAAGGACCAACACCUCAGCCUCGACAGAAACCAAAGAAAGAGAGCAAAAAGAAGCGAUAAAUAUCUGUGUGCAUGUC